AUGAACACCUACGCUCGUUUGCCGGUUGCCUUUGCCAGUGGCGAAGGCACCUACCUGCUGGAUACGCAAGGCAAUCGUUAUCUGGACGGGUUGUCAGGCAUUGCCGUUGUUGGUGUCGGCCACGCUAACCCGCGUGUUGCGGACGCUAUUGCACAACAGGCUAAAACACUGACGCAUACGUCAAAUCUUUACGAGAUACCCCUGCAGGAAAAGCUCGCCGACCGCUUAUGCGCGCUGUCAGGCAUGGAGAAAGUUUUCUUUUCGAAUUCUGGCGCAGAGGCCAAUGAAGCAGCCAUCAAACUGGCGCGCAUAAAAGGCAAUCGCCAAGGCAUCAAGAAACCCACCACCAUCGUCAUGGAUGGCAGCUUUCACGGGCGCACCAUGGCGACGCUGACCGCUACGGGAAAUCGUAAAGUACAUGCUGGUUUCGAGCCGCUUUUGUCUGGUUUUGUGCGUGCGCCGUACGAUGAUAUCGACGCGGUUGCGCUGAUUGCCGCAAACAAUCCCGACGUGGUUGCUGUAUUUGUUGAGCCGGUCCUGGGUGAAGGCGGCAUUCAUAUUCCAGACGCUAACUAUCUUUCUGAGCUGCGCAAAAUAUGUGACGAGCAUAACUGGUUACUGAUGCUCGACGAAGUUCAAACCGGCAAUGGCCGUACCGGCAAAUAUUUUGCUUACCAGCACACCAACUGUUUACCCGAUGUGGUCACUACCGCCAAAGGUCUGGGCAACGGCAUGCCCAUAGGCGCCUGUCUUGCACGGGGUGAAGCGGCAGAAUUGUUUGCGCCUGGCAAUCACGGUUCUACUUUUGGUGGCAAUCCGUUAGCGUGCGCGGCAGCCAAUGCCGUGCUGGAUGAAAUUGAAGAGCACAAUCUGUGCGCACGGGCUGAAUCCCUCGGUGAACGCAUUGUCAGCGGUCUGCAGGCAGGCCUGAACGGCAACAACCGGGUUGCCGAAGUCCGCGGACACGGUCUGAUGAUUGCUGUCGAACUCAAUGAGGACGCGCCGGAACUGGUCAGUCAGGCCUUAGAGCAGCGAGUACUGAUCAACGUCACACAGGGCAAUAUCAUUCGGCUGUUACCGCCAUUGACGAUGUCUGAUGCUGAGGCGGACGAACUCACCGCAAAAAUCGUCGCGCUGGUACAAUCUUAA